AUGGCUUCCAUCAAUCUUUUCUUCAUUUUGGUCUUCUCCUUCCCUUUUUUCGUGACGUUCACUCAUGGAUGUGUCACAUGCAUCCCGAAGUCACAGCCACCACCGGCGAAUCUCUUCUGCCCUAUGGACACCUUGAAGCUUGGCGCCUGCGUUGACCUCCUCGGAGUUGUUAACGUUGUUGUUGGGACCCCGUCAUCGGACAAAUGUUGUGCUGUACUGGAAGGGUUGGUUGACUUGGAAGCUGCAGCUUGUCUUUGUACUGCCAUUAAGGCUAAUGUGCUUGGAAUUAACUUGAAUGUGCCAGUUGCACUUAGUGUGCUGGUCAGUGCUUGUGGCAAAACCAUUCCUCCAGGCUUCGAGUGUGUAUAG